CAAGGCUGUCCCUGCCCGCCGGAACUCCAGAGCUGCUACCGGAGGUCCCGGAGGUUCACGUCCAUGGCCGCAACGCUGCUCGCCCGGGCCCGUGGCCCACUCCGUAGAGCUCUCCGUGCUCGUGACUGGCGAAGGCUACAUACCGUUUACCAGUCUGCGGAACUGCCCGAGACACACCAGAUGCUGCGUCAGACAUGCCGCGACUUUGCUGAGAAGGAGCUGGUCCCCAUUGCAGCCCAGCUGGACAAGGAACACCGCUUCCCCACAGCUCAGGUGAAGAAGAUGGGGGAGCUGGGGCUGCUGGCCAUGGAUGUGCCUGAGGAGUUCGGGGGUGCGAGCCUGGAUUACUUGGCCUACUCCAUUGCUCUGGAGGAGAUCAGCCGUGGCUGUGCCUCCACUGGCGUUAUCAUGAGCGUCAACAAUUCUCUCUACUUGGGGCCCAUCCUGAAGUUUGGAUCCCCUGAGCAGAAACAGCAGUGGAUCUCCCCUUUCACCAGUGGUGACAAAAUCGGCUGUUUCGCCCUCAGUGAACCAGGGAACGGCAGCGAUGCAGGGGCUGCUUCCACCACAGCCCGGGAAGAGGGUGACUCGUGGGUCCUCAACGGCACCAAGGCCUGGAUCACCAACUCCUGGGAGGCUUCGGCCACCGUGGUGUUCGCCAGCACAGACAAGUCCCGGCAGAACAAGGGCAUCAGUGCCUUCCUGGUUCCUAUGCCAACUCCUGGGCUCACGCUGGGCAAGAAGGAAGACAAGCUGGGCAUCCGGGCCUCGUCCACGGCUAACCUCAUCUUUGAGGACUGUCGCAUCCCCAAGGAGAACCUGCUGGGGGAGCCGGGGAUGGGCUUCAAAAUAGCCAUGCAAACCCUGGACAUGGGCCGCAUUGGCAUCGCCUCCCAGGCCCUGGGCAUCGCCCAGGCCUCGCUGGAUUGUGCUGUGAAAUAUGCUGAGAGCCGCAAUGCCUUUGGGGCGCCCCUCACCAAGCUCCAGAACAUCCAGUUCAAGCUGGCAGACAUGGCCCUGGCCUUGGAGAGUGCCCGCCUGCUGACCUGGCGCGCUGCCAUGUUGAAGGACAAUAAGAAGCCUUUCACCAAGGAAUCAGCUAUGGCCAAGCUGGCUGCCUCAGAAGCUGCAACCGCCAUUAGCCACCAGGCCAUCCAGAUCCUGGGUGGCAUGGGGUACGUGACCGAGAUGCCAGCCGAGCGCUACUACCGAGAUGCCCGCAUCACCGAGAUCUAUGAAGGCACCAGCGAAAUCCAGAGACUGGUGAUUGCCGGGCAUCUGCUGCGGAGCUACCGGAGCUGAGCCCUUCCUUCCUUCCGGCAUGGCCUGGUCAGCCCCUAC